AUGAGCAAGAAGCUGCAAGGAUCCACAAAAGUGAACAAGCUCAAACAUCACCAGAGUCCCAGCAUCACUGAUAAGUCCCUCUUCACCAAGGAUCUCCUCGACCAAAAUAGCAAGGACAGUCUUACUUCUGUUGUAUCGACGUCGACCUCCCUUCCUUCCUCGGGUUCAUCGUCUCGGUUACACCAGCGACGUUUCGGUGGGUUGGAGGAUAUCGACCAGGAUGAUCAUCAUCAAGAGGACGAAAGCAGGAGUCACCGUCGUACAACAAAACCGAAAUCUCAUGAGAGACCUAACAAACAGUCUUCGUCAGCCACUAAAGCGCCUGGAGCAACAGCAACAGCAACAGCAACAGCAACGACGACCACGACAAUCAGAAACACUCUUUCGAGGCUGACUUCAUUGUCGAGUUGGAUCAACAACACUCCAGAGCAGGAGGCGACUAAUCUGUGGUCGUGGGCGACUUCCAGUCGUGUGAUCUGUUACGAGCGGCGACAACAGGAGGAUCAGGAAGAUGCGUUUGGCCUUGCCCGACACCAAUUGGACCUCCAGACCCGAUUCUUUAUCAACCUUAUCGACAUUAGUACCAAGGACCAGCGGCAGCAGGAUCGGAGGCAAACGAACAAAAAGAUGACGGAUGGUCAUGCCACCAUCGAUGCUAAUAAUGUUAAUGGCAUCAGUACGGAGCGUGAUAAAGAGAGUGCAAAGACGUUGUGGAACUUGUCCAUGAGAACGGCAGCGUUUGAUCUCACAACACAAGACUAUGUAACCCUUUCGGUAUUGACUGUUGCGACCCUGGGAGUGCGCUUCUGGAGAAUCUCCUGGCCCGAUGAAGUCAUAUUGGAUGAGAUGAAUGUAGGCCAGUUGGUGAAUGGGUACGCAAAAGGCGAGUUCGUAUUGGAUGCCCACCCUCCGCUCGGUAAGAUGAUCCUUGCUGGCGUCAGCUCGUUGUCGGAUUACAGCGGAUCCUUUGACUUUGAGGACAUUGGCGACCACUACCCGGGAUGGGUUCCCUACGCGUCGAUGCGAGCGACGAUGGCCUUGAUGGGCGCGGUCUGUGCCCCAAUGGCAUAUGUAACCAUCAAAGCCUCAGGACACGGCGCCCCCGCCGCCAUCCUCGCUACCACCCUCGUUGCCUUCGACAAUGCGCUGACGGCAAACAACAGGAUGAUGGCUCUGGAUGCACCGUUGAUGUUCUUUACUGCGGCGACCAUCAUGUCCUGGAACUUGUUCAUCAAGCAGUCUGCACGACCAUUUACGGGAUUCUGGUGGACAUGGUUGUUGGCGACAGGUGCUUCGACGGCGGGAGCCAUGUCGGUCAAGCUGGUCGGAAUUGUGAGUGCCGUGACAAUACUCCACUUUAUGUCCCUUAACCUAUGGAGCCUCGCUCGCGACAAGUCCGUCGACACCGGGAUGUGGAUGAAACAUUUUGCUGCUCGUGUAGGUGCUCUGGUAGCCCUCCCUCUCACGUUAUACCUCCUCAUCUUUCACAUCCACUUCACCAACGAGACUCACCAACCCGACUACCGGACCUUCUCUCAUACAGAAUCAGACCUCGACCAACUCAGCCGCCUUUACCGCCACAGCUUGAUCUCACACUACCCGACCGAAGAUCAUGUCCAGACCUGGCGCGACGUUGUCUAUGGCUCUGUAGUCCAGAUCCAAAGCGAAGCCAAGGCCUGUGCAGGAGUUGUUGGUAAUGUCUACUUGCACUCUUCGGCUGAAAUCAACCCUGGAGGAACUCGACAGCAAGUUGUGAGUGGGUAUAGUUAUCCGGAUAUUAAUACGCAUUGGAUUAUUAUCAAGGCCGAGAUCGAUUCGACGGAAGAGCCGGAAGAGAUUCCAUCGCGACUGGAGUUGGUCAAGAAUGGGGAUUUGGUCCGGUUGAGACAUGUCUCUACGCGCAAGUGUCUGCAUUCGCAUAACCAUCGGACGUACAGGAAUUUGCAGAACAACAAUUUGAACGAGGUGUCGGGAUAUGGUGGCCAUGGGUUUGAUGGCGACUCGAAUGAUUGGUGGGUGGUGGAGACUGUCGAUGGAGAGAUGUUGAGGGAGGGAACCAAGAGUGAGAGUGAGCCUAUCAGGGCUUUGGAGACCACGUUCAGGUUGCGGCAUUAUGAGAUUGGGUGCUUCUUGUUUGCGAGCGAUUCAUCGUUGCCGGAACCUUGGGGCGAGGGCAGGAGCGAGAUUAUUUGCAGGAGUGAUGCGCGGGUGACAGACAAGUCUAUCUGGCGCUUCGCCAACAACCGCCACGACUACCUGCCAGCAGAGACGCCAAAGAUAAGUUAUCCAAAACCAUCGUUCUGGGCAAAGCUGAAAGAGACACAUGAACUGAUGUGGUCGUACCGAAGCCCUCUCGAAGAAAACCUUCAGAUCUCAUCGUCAAGCCCUCGACAGUGGCCAUUGGGUCAAGCCUUGAUCUUUGUCUGGUCUGGAUACCGGCGUCAGAUAACGAUUGUUGCCAACCCAGUCGUUUGGUGGACGAGUGCUAUGGGUCUUACGGCCUAUAUGACUUCGAUGGCUGUCUUCGCGGUCCGGCAGAAGCGUGGAUAUUUUGAGACUGGACGCCUAGGAGAGUUCCAGAGGUUCCACUUGAACGAUGCAAGAACAUACUUCACAAGCUGGGCCUUCCACUACCUCCCCUUCUUCUUCAUCGACAGGGUCCUCUACCUCCACCACUACUUCCCCUCCCUCUACUUCUCUAUCCUCCUCACAUCUUCCAUUCUCUCCGGCCUUGCAGGAUUCCUCCCUCGCCCCACCCGGCUCGCGCUCUUCACGACCUUAUCCAUCCUCACCAUUGCGGUGUUUAUCCGUCUGGCGCCGCUCAGUUAUGGGCCCAAGUUGUUGUUGGUGUUGAAAGAAAAGGCAAAGGCGGAGAGGGCAUUGCUAAGGAGGCAGAGGCAGGAGACCAAGACUGUAGAUGGACAGGGACUUCAACCUACCAACAGCGUUGCUGCUCCAAUUGCCACAACAACAACAACCACAGCAGCACCAGCAGCAGCAAACAACUUUAUGACCGCCGAAGCAGCACCCAUCCCAGGCUCCCCCUUCGCCGCCGGCACAAACCCGCUCGCCCCAGGUCCAAACGGCAAGACCCGCCUCUCCAAGACAAAACCCCAAUCCAAACUCCGCGCUCCAAUCCUUCUAAUGCGUCUCCCACCCCUCAAACGCCGCCUCCCCGUAUCCGACAUCGUCCUCCUCCCCUAUCAACAACCCCCGCAGCAUUGGGACAGGGACGCAAAGGCCCAAAUGAUGCAGCGGGAGGAUCUGAGUCUGUAUGAACAGUUGCAGAUCCAGCAGCUUGUCUCGGAGGAUUAUCAAAAGUUGAAUGAUGACGAGGAUGAUGAGGGUAGUCAUGAGGAGAAUGAGGCUCAGGCUGAGGUCGGUGACAACCCCCAGUAUAAGGGUAAUAACUAUAGUCAGAACCAGAACCAGAACCAGAACCAGGGGAAGGAUCAAAUCCGAUAUGAUGAGAACGGUCGUGUUGAGCAACAACAGAGCCAAGCACAGCAGAUUGAGAACAGCAUGGACAAAAGCCAACCUCCUGCUCACGAAAACACCCCACCGCCAACACCCGAACAACUGGAAGCAGAGAUCGACAAAGUCCUCUCUCGCUUCUAA